AUGGCAACAGCGCCCCCCAGCUGUAGGCUGCGGGUCACUGCCAUUUACAUGUUAUCACGGAGCGGCUCUCAGACAGGUGCCGUGGAAAGGGCAGGAUAUUCUCCGUGCAUUAUUCGCCACGCGGAAGUGCGAACGCAGCGCGUGUCCCUGCGGCUGAACGAUAAGAAGCCGCCGGUUCCUGAUAAACACCAGAACACCGGCUGCUGCUUCUGCUGCUGCUGCUGCUGCUGCUCCCUCCGUGCCAACAUGGCACCCAGAGACCCUCUGCUCGCCUCCCUCAGAGUGUGUGUCCUGAACAUGCAGUCAGACGGAGGCGUAGUGACGGACUCCAGUCCUCACCUCCCCUCCUGCUGCGAGCUGCUGGAGCUGGUCCUCAGAAAGGGGCUGCAGCAGCCAGUCCUCAGUCUGGCCCAGAGAGAUUACUGGCAGUGCUUUGAGCAACUUCCUCAUCAAGACACCUGUGGCAGGCUCUCUGCUCUUUCCCUGGCCGUCGAGCAGACCAGAGUUUGCAGGAAGCUCAUCUCAGCCCAAGGCCGGGGCCGCUACCUGCUGCGGCUGGCCCUCGGCCGCAAGACUCUGUCGCAGUUCUUCACCCACCUGCUGCACACGCCCAGAGUUCUGGAGUGGUACAGUCCCACGUUAUCGAUCCUCAGGAAUGAGGAAUUUGUCGAGCCGUUCAUGUCGCUGCUGCUGGUGCUCUCUCACAUGGAGCUCAAGCUGGACACGGAGAACUGUAGUUUUCUAGAUGAGAGCUGGCUGCUACCGGUGUGUGACAUCUAUGAAGUCGUGCCAUGUCGGGAAGUUGGGAUGGUUUUAAGGUAUCUAAGCGGACGUGUCUUCGUCCUGGACUUGGUGCCUGGCAGCCAGGCUCAUGUCGACAUGUUUGUCUCCUCUGGUGACAUCAUCGAUGAGAUCAACGGGUCUUCCCUGAGAAACUGCAAAAACGGACAAGCAGGCGUUGUUCUGUCGCGUCUCAAGGGCUGCCCUCUGUCCAUCCGUAUUCUGCGAUGCAGGGCCCAGGACGGAACCAUAUAUCGUCCCCUCGUCAAAAUCUUGAGGGCCCUGAGGAUGGAGAACCCCAACGCGCAGCUCGGCCUCACUCCCCAGCAAAAGCAAGCCAACAUCGGGCAAAAGCCUCCUGGCGCCUCCCAGUGCCUCAAAGAGGGAAGAAUCGUCUACAUUGUGAAGUACUUGGGGAAAGCAAACAUCGGAAUGUUUGGAGGAAAGGAAGUCUUGCAGCAUGCAAUUCCUAAAGUGUUGCAUAAAAACCAGCCAAGCAAGGAGGUGCUCUUAGACCUAAAGGAAACACACUUGACAUGUACAGACAGAAAUAGUACGAUGAAGCUGUUUGAGCAUCACUACCCAGAGGUUUCUUGCGUGGGGAGGUUUGCUCAGCCCGGAUACACAAUAUUUGCCUUCUGCGUGGCAGAUUCUCCAGAAACCCCUCGGUCCUCUGGGUUUUGUUGUGUUGUGCUCAAAGCCGGCAACACGAAGGAGUGCGAGGAUAUAGUCUGCCGCAUUGCUGCUGGGUUCAAGCAUACAGAAUGGUUUGUAUAGCCACCGAUCAACUCACCCAUGUAAAUAAAUUCAAUAAUAAAAAAAUAAAAAAAACUAUUAUUGUCUGUAUAUCACCACAA